AAGAUAUUUCUAGGCCAUCUCUGUACUUAUUUCUGACCAACAGACUUUUUGUUCAAUCAUAGUGACAAAUGUGCAACUGCAGACCUACUCACACAUACUAUUUUUAGACUGCAAAUACACAAAACACAAAAGUAUUUCUCUCUCUCUCAAGGCAGUUCUCAUACCCAAAAGCUCCUCAGCCCCUACGGGGCUUAUCUAUUAUCUUUUUACUUAUUUAACAAGUGUUAAAUUUUAUAAAAGCAGAAGGGAAAUAUUUAGAUUAGGAGAACGCAAAGAAAUGCAAGUGUCUUCUCUAGGAUUUUUGUUUUGUUUUUAAACUUCAAGCUGCUAUGGAAAUCCGAACACACCCCUCCAUUAUACUCAGUUGUCUGCUUAAAUUGGAAAGUUUCAGCAGAUAAAGAGUUAAGAAAAGCAUAAGGUUUUUUCCACAUCGUUCAUAGUGCUGUGAUAGCAACCCAGAGGUUAAAGACAUAGAAUACUAUUUAUACUCAGCUACAAUGUAGUUUCUACAGAUCUCAGACUGGUUUUUACUUCCUUAAAAGGCUGCGUCAGAGCAAUGACAAAACAAAUCCGGAGAAGCUGAAGCUUUCUUUCAUUAUUACAUUAGAGGACAUUGCUGCUUCUGAAUAUUAAAGGGGCUACUGCAGAACAAAUAUAUUAUGCAGUUAAGUGAACUAACCAGUAAAUGAAAACAUUUCAUGUUAAUAUUUAACUGAUUUCACAUGACGUUUCCACAUAAGGAACAAAAUGAAGGACUUAGCCUGAAUUUUCCCCGAAGGACAAUGGAUUACACAUGGGAUUUCUUUAUUAAAUUCUGCUGCAAAUGUCUGGCUUCUCUUGUACAAGGCCUGCGUGUUCAGUGCAUACUGAAGAGUACUGCUGACUGACGCACAGUUAGGGCAUAGAAGCAAAAUGGAUGAAUCUUCCAUCUAGUGUUCCAGAAAAUGGAUUAAUGUGCUGAAGGGGAAAAAUAAGACAUUCUUCCAGCUUGAAAUCCUGUGCUCUCUAGAAGGUAUAUAUCCUAUGCCAAAUACUUCACGGAUAAGGACUAAUGACUUGGGAAACUGGACUGCUGUAAUGUCAUGCUUAUGAUCUGAGAUAUCUGUAAUUUGAACUAUGUUUAAUUGAACUAUGGUCAGAAGAAAGUUUCUAGAGAGCAAAAAAUGAACCAACUUGAUGCAACAAAAUCAGGAUUUUUAGUGUGCAUUGGCCUCUGUAUUUUCAUCUUCACUUUUAUCUAUGUAAGAAACACAUUUUCUAAGGUACCAAGUGAACAAAAAUCCUUCCCAGAUACAACAGAAUGUGGUGUUUAUCCAGAUGAACUUUGUUCAGCGCUUUUUGAGGGGAAAAGUGCUGCACCUCAAAUUGGAAAUUUGUGUCAGAUUAUUCACCAACCUGAAAUGCCUGACUGCAUACGGACUCCAUGCAAUUGCUCCAGUGUCUUGAAGAGUCUGCAUUUUAUAACAAGACCACUAUCUGAAGAAGAAGGAAACUUCUCCUUGGCAUACAUCAUCACAAUUCACAAGGAGUUAGAAAUGUUUGUGAAGCUACUCAGAGCCAUUUAUCUGCCUCAGAAUGUUUAUUGCAUACACAUAGAUGAAAAGUCACCACAGGAUUACAAAACUGCAGUGCAAAACCUAGUUAACUGCUUUGAAAACAUUUUUAUUUCAUCAAAAAGAGAAAAUGUUGUUUAUGCAGGAUUUUCAAGAUUACAAGCUGAUAUUAAUUGUAUGAAGGACUUAGUUAAUGCCAAAACUCAAUGGAAUUAUGUUAUUAAUCUGUGUGGCCAGGAUUAUCCCAUCAAAACAAACAAAGAAAUUAUACAGUACAUCAAAAGUAAAUGGAAUGAUAAAAAUAUUACUCCUGGGGUGGUCCAACCUCCUCAUAUGAAACAUAGGACGCAUCUUAGUUACAAAGAAUAUGUACAUUCAGGAACAUCCUACGUGUAUCCAACCAAGAAUAUGAAAGAUGAUCCUCCACAUAACUUAACUAUCUAUUUUGGUACUGCUUACUAUGUACUCACUAGAAAGUUUGUGGAGUUUACACUGACCGAUGUACGUGCAAAAGAUUUGCUUGAAUGGUCAAAGGACACAUACAGUCCAGAUGAGCACUACUGGGUCACACUGAAUCGUUUAAGUGACGCUCCAGCUGCUACACCAAAUGCACAGUGGGAAGGAAAUAUACGAGCUAUUAAAUGGAAAGAUCAAGAAGGAGUUGCACAUAAUGGCUGCAAAGGUCAUUACAUCAGAGAUAUUUGUGUCUAUGGACUGGGGGAUUUACAGUGGAUCAUUGAAUCACCUAAUUUAUUUGCCAACAAGUUUGAGCCCACAACAUAUCCGCUUGUUAUGGACUGCCUAGAGAGACGCUAUAGGCUUAAAGUACUGCAGCAAGCUGAAGUCCCACUAGAAGCCCACUGGCAUUUUCAGGAAAGUAACUAUUUUAAUAUGAAGUUGAAUGUUUGAGCCUACUGGACAUCUAAAAUAUUGAGCAGAAAGAAUGGGAAGAAAUUAGUAAUAUGCCUUUUAAAAGUGCAGACUUCUUUAUAUAAAUUAUAUUUAAGGAAGGUGGUAUCAUUAACCCAGCUCCUGUUCUGUUGUUCACCAACUACCAUCUCUGGGAACUACAAACUGUAAGAAAGUUCCUAUCGGUAUUAAGAAAUCCUUAAUUAUUGAAUAGAGUACACUCACGAUUACUUCAGUACAGACUGCUUUUGAGAAAGUUCUGAAGAAUAUGGACAAAAAGAUCAGAAGACAAAUUUUUAAUAAGGAAAGAAGUGACUUUUUUCCCUAUACCUGAAUAAACUACCAUAUGAUUACAUAUGAGACUUAUCAAAGAGAAGCAGAAAAUUCAAGCUACUCCUUAAAACGAUUCAUUCAAUGGGGAAAUAAUUGUUUCAUAUGGCCCUGAAGAAAGCACCAUUCAAGUUGCUGAAACAGAAAAUAAGAAGCACAGAUUGAACAAAGACAAAAUAUUAAGAUUUUAAAGUUAAAUUAAACUAUAUGUCCUAGUAAGUAACUUAUUUUGAAUCAAGGGAGAAGUUUACAUUAUGUACAGUAGUCUUAGAGGGACAGUGUAGGUUGAAAACAUUCACUGAGUUGUUUUUUUAACCUAAUAGAGUUGCAAGUAACACCUAAAUUUCUAAAACUGAAAGAAGUCAAGUGAUAUAUAUAUAUGUGUGUGU